GGGUAAUUAUAAUUACGGAUUUAAGGGAACUUUUUCCAUGAUUUUUGCAGACAUGCUAGCUCAAUAUCACCCCAAGACUUUAAUAUUUUCAUCGACCAACCAACUUGGAAAAAGCAAUAGGGAUCCAAAAUGCACCACAAAAUCUAAGUAUUGCACAAGAGUUUCGGCGGCACAUAUAGAAUUACCUCACCGGAAAGGCUAGGUUAGGCUGAACCUGGAUAAUACUCCAGAAUUCAGAGUAAUCAUUAAGACACCCCACUUUGAGUUGCCGACAUUUCGCUUUAAUUAGUUAGCAGUGUCCCCAUGUAGACUAUAGAAUUUCUCAUACACAAAAAGAAAGGUGAGUAAAGAGCUUUAGCUUGUAUUCAUUAUCAGAUUUUGAGCCAAAUAUCAAUAGGAGUCGAAUAAAUAAAUAAAAGAAAAUAGAAGAGAAGAACCAAAUGUGCCACUGCUUUUGGAUGAUGUAUCAGUUUGGCUGACAGGUGACCCAAAUUGAGGCUUAUGCUUUAAGCAAUAUAAGUGAAGUUAGGCAUUUUAUUUGAGUAAUAACACUCUGGCAGCCUCACAGAGAUCAAGCUGUACUCAAAUAGCUAUGGCUACAGCCAUGUGAAUAUCAUCAUCAUCAUCAUGGAUUUGGCACAUUGAAUAUGGGAAAUGAGAUGGGCAACAAUAACACAUCUGGAUUGCGAGAAGAGGACAACACAAACACUGAAGCUCAGGAAAAAUCUUUCCAAGAAUCUGCUCAUAAUAGUGAUGUAAAAGGAGAAAACUAUGUGGUUCCGACAACUGGAAAUAAAGAUUAUAAUCAGAAAGAGGCAGAGUUAGCCUCUGACGAUCCAAAAGAAGCAGGAGAACCUCCUGUUCAUAACCAGAAAUUUGAGGGAACAGAAGAGGAUAACACAAACACUGAAGCUCAGGGAAAAUCUUUGCAAGAACCUGUUCAUAAGAAUGAUGUAGAAGGAGAAACUGAAAGUAAAGAUUCUAAUCAGAAAGAGACAGGGUUAGCCUCCGAUGUUCCAAAGGAAGCAGGAGAACCUCCUGUUCAUAGCCAGACAUAUAAUGGAACAGGUCAAGCAGAGACUGAAGUUAAUCCUCCUGUUGAAUCUGCAGAAGCUGAAAAGCAAUUCAAUGAAGAUGGUGGCAAAGAUAGACAUAUUCAACCUGCAGUCUCUUUGCUGACGGAAUUGGAAGAUGAUAAAGAAGAUCACAAAAACCCAACACCAAUAGGUACUAUUUUGGAUAUAAGCAAUAAUCAGAUUGAGAAGCAGGCUUCCUUCAAGAAAGAGGCAGAGGAUAUUCCAAGUUCAACUUCUGUUGCAAUAACCUCAGAACAUGAUAUGGAUCCUGAAGAUUCUGCGGUACCAAAUUCUGAUCAACAUGAAUAUGCAAAUGUUCAUGCUGAUCAACAAGAUGGAACUGAUUCACUGAGAGGAACUACUGAUGUGCUAGGAUCAAGUACUGCAUACAACAGCAAAGAGAAUGGUCACCAGUUAGAUACUUGCAUAUCUGAAAACCUGGAAGGAAUUACUGCUUCUGAUACUAAUGUAGAUGUGGAGAGAACAAGGGAUGAGUUGCUAGUGAAAGAAAUGGCAUCUACAGAAGAAGAGAAGCCCAGCAAAGAUGAAUUGGAAGUUGAAGUUGGAAACGAGGAUGCAAAUAUUUUUAGUAAAACUAUAAUGGUGGCAACGGAUCAUCUGCGGGAUAUUGGAGAGAUAUAUGAUGGAGAAUUAGCUAGUAAGGUGAUCAGUAAUGGUACUAAUUUCUUGGAGUCAAAACUAGAAGCCAAUAUGGUGACUGAUUCACUGAACUCCCAUUUAGAAGUCCCCCUACCUGAAGACAAAUGCAUAGUUCUUACUCAGGAGACUGAAUUAAUGGGGAAAGAAUCAGAAAGUGAAGAAAACAAGCAGCAGCAUCCUUUUUCAGUCCCAGAAUCCAAGAUUGACAAGGGAAAUGCAUCUCAAACUGAUUCUUUGACAAGGAUUACUUGCAAGAAAAUUGAGACGAGUGGUUGUGGUUCCCUUAUCACUGCUCAUGAUGCUGCUAGCAAUGGAAACUGUGAAGCGGAAGAAGUGAAUGUUGUUGAGGAAUCUAACAACCAGAAUGAGGCUUUUGAAGAAAAUUGCAAUGAUUCUGAAGGAAAGAUAGCUCAUGAACUUGGAAGAUUUGAAGCCCGGUCAUCUAUUGCGAAUGGCAAACACGAUGAAGAGGAAUCAGGAGAUUGCAUACCCGAGGCAUAUGCUAUUCAUGAUACUGCUAACAAUGGGAACUGCCAAAUUGAGGGGGCAAAGGUUCUUGUUGAAUCUGACAGCCAGAAUGAGUGUUCUGAAGAGCACCAUAAUGGAACUGAAGGAAAGCAUGCGAUGGUUAGUGAACUUGGAGUAAUUGCAGCCAAGUUAUCCAUUGCAAAUGGCAAAAACAAUGAACAGGAAUCAGAAGAUUUAAGACCUGAGGCAUUAACUGCUGAUGAUGCUGCCUUAAAUGGGAAUUGCCAAGUUGAGGAGGUGAAGCUUCCUGAGGAAUCCGACAACCAGAAGGAGCCUACUGGAGAAAGUUCUGAGGGAUUUGAACGAAAUAUUGUGAUGAAUCAUGAAUUUGGAAUAAUUGCUGCCAAGUCACCCCUAGCAAAUGGAAAAAUAAAUGAAGACGAACCAGAAGAUCACAUAGCAGAUGAGGCAUAUGAAGAAAAGAUUAUAAUAUUUCCUGAACUUGCUACUGUUGCAGCAGACUUGCCAGUCACAAACAAUGAAGAGGAAGCAGAAGAUUGCAAAGCCAAGGAACAUGGCCCCAAAGAGAAGAAAAUUUUGGAGAUGGAGGAGAAAGUAGAAGCUCCAUGUGCACCGGCAGAACAGUAUGUAUCAUGGACUCCGGCUUCUCUAUUCCAAUUUGAGCAUCAUCAACAGGAAAUUGUUAACAAAUCUGAGGAUGCCAAAGAUAGCAAUAAGUCGACAUUGGAACUGAAACCUGAGAGCAACAGUGAGUUCAUUUCUACAGCAUCUUCCCCUUUCCAUGCUUCAAAUUGUCCUGUGGAUUCCUUGGUCUCUGCAAAUGAGAAACCCGUGGAAGAGAUUUUACCCCAUGUCACAGAAGCUCCAGAGAUGGCUACAGAAACUAUAUCUUCAGCUUCAGGUAAUCAUUCCAGUGAGCAACAUGAAAAAAUUGAAACGUAUGUCUUUGCAAGGGAUGGUUUUGAGGCACAAGAAAACGCAGGGAGGGUAAACAAUGAACCUAUUCCUGAAAACUUGAUUCAAGCAGACAUGGAAAAGUCCCCAAGUUCAACUGUAGAGAGCACAGUCUCUGGUAUGCAACUGAGAGUAGAGAAACCACAAGAAUCUCUACAGUCAACAGUUCUGGAGGCAGUUACACAAGCAAAACCACCAGCUUCAGCGAGUCAGUCAAGUGAACAAUGUAAAAAAGUGGAAACUUCAGCCCUUGCAACAGGCGGUUAUGAGCCACAAGAAAGUCUGGGAAGGUUCAGCAUUGAAUCGAUUCCUGAUAACUUGAACAUUAAUGCAGAGAUGCGAAAAUCUCCAAGCUUCAAUCUUGAUCUACGAAUAGAAGCAGCAAGAAGUGAAGAAUCUGAUCAGACUCCACUGCUUUAUCAGGAUAAGAAUGCAAUUGAAAACAUAUCAAACCAGGCAGAUGGAAAGUUUCAGAACUCGCUGACGCAAGCUCAACAGGGUCAAGAAUCAUUCAAGUAUCAAGCGACGCCAAUGGAAGAGAAAGUGAUUACUCUGGAAAGAAGCGAUUCUGAGAAGUCAAGAACACCAUUCCUAGGCUUCAUGAAAGAAGAUGAGGAGGCUCAAGUUCAAGUAGUAGUUCAACCGAAGAGAAAAGAGGAUUGUGUUGCAGCAAAAAAGACAACCAAGGAUUCGUGGAACUCGUCUUCUACAAAAGAAAUCUCGCCAACUCCUCCAAAAAAUAAAGCGAAGCACAAGCGCAGGUCAUCUCUAUUCACAAACUGCAUGUGUUGCACAACUGUGAUUAAUUAAAAAGCUUAAGAUCAAAGUUGCAGAUUUUACAGUUUGGAAUUUUGAAUUUGUUUCGGUUUGCUUCCUUUCUAAUUCCAAGUUUUCAAGAAGUGGAGUUUUAAUCAAUGGAGAGCUGCUGAUUGGUUUAGCAUAUUUGAGAGAAACCAAGAAAGAGUGAGUAUAACAUGUAUAACUGUGAUUAUUGCUGUGUUAUUUAAUGAUUUUCCUGUCUAUACUUGUUCUGAACCAUUGAAUUAGUUGAAUCUGUUGACGUAAUUUAUUUUAUUGUUCUCUGGAAAGGAUAUUGUAAAAUAGGCAGCUUUUUUGCUGCCUUUGAUUGUAUCAUUUGUUUAUUCCAUUGAUAAUACAAUAUCAAUUGAGAUUUAUUU